GAUCAAACCUUUUGGACCUUCCCCAUGAGAAAGCGUUCAAACAGUGUCUGGGCUCCUUUCAAAUGAUCUCCAAACGUGUCCUUUGUACGUUUUCUUAUCGGCUCUUUUAAUAUCUACCUCGCUCAUGAACGUCUCUUUUAAAGUGUUGUUUAAACUCAGGUGGUCGCGCCCAGUAAAGGGCGUUUCAGAAUGAACGGAUCGUUCGCCGUUAAGCGUCUCAGCUGCCCGUAGCGCGCUAACGUUAGCUGCGGAGUAGCGGCUAGCUGUAGCCACUUGGUAACAGCGAACCGUCGACUUGACGUGUCUUUAGCGACGGUAUUUACAAAAGUAACGUUAAGUCUCCUGGCGACCGCAUAGGCAGCAAGAGGAGGGGAACAUACAAAAUCAUUUAACGUCUGAGAAGAGAUGGAUGGAGACGACUGCAACUUUCCUCCAGAUUCAUCGGAUGAUCACUCGCAAAGAGGAAGUGUUGCUUCUUCUGCAACACUUUUGCGUGCUCAAGAUGUGCUAGUAUACAUCUGUGGCGACAGUGCCGUGCACUUAACUUUAGAAGGGCUCGGCAGUGUGUCCGUGCAGGAGUUGGGCCGCAGUGUUCGCGAGGCGCUCCAUAUUCCCGACACUGCGCAGGAUGCUUUUGCCUUUUGGCUUUGUUCUCCACUGCUUGAAUUGCAGUUAAAGGCAAGACAUCAACCAUACAAACUGUGUCGGCAGUGGCAGGAUUUGCUGUAUCGCUUCACUGAGGCCUCAGAAGAAGACAUCUCACAAGAUGAACCAUGUCUCCAGUACCGUCGGAACGUCUUUUAUCCCAAAUCUAAAGAGCUGCAGAUCGAUGACGAGGGUGUGCUGAGGCUUCUCUAUGAGGAGGCCAGGGGAAAUAUUCUGACGGGGCGCUACCCCUGCGACCCCGAGCACUGGACUGGUCUGGGAGCCUUGUCUCUCGCUCUCGAUGAGGGAACCGGGCUUGACGGGCAACAAUUUAGUACUACUUUAAGAAAGAAGAAGCUGUCUUCUUUUCUGCCUGCACAUGUUGCCAUGGGGACUGGAGGUUUGCUUUCAACUCUGAGAGGGAAGUCGAACCGUCAGACGGGGCUGGAGCAGAAACUCAUGGACGAGUACAGAAAGAUCAUCCCACCUGCUGGAAACUCUGCAGAGCCCACACAGCUCCUACACCAGUACCUCAACACAUGUCACACUCUGCCUUAUUACGGGUGCGCUUUCUUCUUUGGCGAGAUUGACAAACCAGCGCAAGGGAUUCUCCAGAGGGCCAAACGCAAAGCUGUCAAUGUCGGGAUCUGCCUGGAGGGAGUUUACGUGAUGGACGUCAAAGAGAAACAUGUGCUGCUUGGCCUGCAUUUCAAUGAGCUUUCCUGGGACCACAGCUACCCUGAGGAGCAGGGCGACUCACACAUUCUGUGGCUGGAGUUUGAUGGAGAUGAAGACGGCACUCCUGUCAACAAGUUGCUUAAGAUCUACUCAAAACAGGCAGAGCUGAUGUGCGGAUUUAUUGAGUUCUGUGUGGAGCUGAAGUCGGUGUCUGAGGGGGGAGCUGCAGCGGAAAUGGACGGUGAGGGGGGUCGGUCUCCGCAGCCUGCUGAGCAGGACGGCAGCAACAAGAACGCACGGGAAGGACGCCGCGGGAUGCUGCGCAGGCAAAGCAGCGUGGUGUGCAGUCGGGUGCAUUCGCUUAAUACCAUCAGCUACGUGGACAAUGGGAAAGAAAUCAAACGCUUGAAGCCGAAAAGAGCUGCGUCCUUCUUCACUCGCCAGGUGUCUGCUCCCUCAUACUCCGCUGUGCAAGUGGCGGAGAGUCUGGAACAAGGUUAAACUCGCUGUCUGGCUCCGCCCCGUGCCUCUCGAAGACCAAACCUGAACACUGAGAUUUAAAGAAAAAGACCCAUAACUGAUGACAUACAAAUAUGCAAAGGACCAAGGUGUGAGUGAUGUUAUUUAUCUUUUGACGUUGUGUGUGUGUGUAUUAAGAGUGCAGUAAUGUGAAAAACCAAAUGGUCUAUUAACUCGUAUGCUUCCCAGGUUAAACUGAAGUGGCCGUUCAUUAGAUGGUCUUGCAUAAAGCCAAUAUAGUGUUCUCUGAGGACCUCCUUCAUGAGACCAGCCACACAACUCUGUAGACAACAACUCAAAUUGAUGAGUGAAUGGUAUGUCAUGGCAGUUUUGACCCUUUAGCAUCACUCUGACCUGUUAUUACAAAAACAUCUUAAACCUCGUUAGAGUAUAACCACUGCAUUACCUCUUUUUACUUGUAUUGGACAUCAAGAACAAUAUAUCCUUAUCUAACAGACAUUUGUCAGGGGGCAAACUUAAAGGCGUGUUGGUGUUACAGAUCGAUAGGAGUCCGCAUGCGAGCACAUUAUUUGUGUUGUGGAAGUUUCUUGUAAGCACAGGAUUUUAAUAUACAUUUAAUGUUUGCGGAUAUUCGCAACUAUCAUUGUGGAGAGAAAGUGCAGUUGGGACAUCGCACUUUGAAAAAAUAGUCCACAAAUGUCUGUGAUAAAAUAGACAUUUCACGACAUCAAGUUGUGAAGCAAAAAUGACCCAGUAUCAAGUCCUCAUUGGAAAGCUUGAAUUGAUUUGUACCAAUAAAACAGUCAAAUUGGAGGCAAAGACCACAUAAACCAAACGGUACAAAUAAUAAGAUUACUCAAUAGAACGCUGUCUUCUGGCACCAGGCUCCUCCUCCUCUUAGUGAAUGGCCAGCAUUUCAUAUUCAGUUUAACUGAAAAAAAUCUCAUCUGCACGCUAAUCUUCUGCCACAAGUGACCAAAGAAAUAAAGGGUUCUCCCUGAUAAGAUACUAACAGCUCUUUUAAUUAGUGACUAAUGAAUAACUGACUAAUUAAAACUGCAGCCUAAAAGAUUUGCCUUUUAGAAAUGUUUUUUUCCCUCGUUCACACAAUCAUGUGAAUAAUUUGAAAAAGGCAGAGGAACGCUACCUUUGUAUAAAAUUGUCGUUUCUGUCUGUUUUCAGCAUUUCUCAAAGGGGGAGGGGCUAUUUAGUCUAAAAUCAGCACACGGUUCAUUGUUAAAGAACAUCACUGAUUCAAUUGUUCUAGGAAAUAUAAAAUCCCCAUUUUCUGAGCAAGUGCUUUACAGAGCACACAACUAUGUGCUCUGUGCAUAUGACAGCUUGAUGACCCUGUUCCAAUCUGUCUGUACCCAAAGCCUCUUUAAUGUGCUGCAUCACAGUGAGCUGCCGUAACUCUCCAGAGGAAGACCGCCGGGUCCACCUCGUGGCCGAGUCCUUCGCCCUAAUGCUGACACAGGCACCUCCUGUCUUUGCUGUACAUUUAACAAACAAGUUCACCUCAACAAUGGCCAUUUAUAAAUUGGAAACUUUUACUUUUAUAUGUUUGGACUUAAAUGUGCAGCAGUCCAAUAUAUUGUUGCUAACUUAACACUAUGCAUGUCACAAUAUAGAGUAGGCAUUCCACAUCUGACCACACAUGUGAUACUGCACAAUUAAAACUAAUACACUGUUAUGAACCCUUUUUUGUAUUGUUUGUUGGCUUUUAUAAGAGAACUGUUUUUAUUUAAUUUACAAAUACUCGUCUGUGUUGGUACACAAUGAAAAAAUGAGUCAUUGAAAGUGUUGAAAUCUUCUCAUGCAAUCACUCUGCAGAAGCAUCAAGUGCCUUUAUUGUUUGUACCGAGUGGGGAUCUGAAUGACUGUUUGAAAAAAGUAUUUGGUUUUGUAAUAUAUCUCACACAUUUUCAGCCCGUACAUUUUAUUCUCCCUGCCUGAUGUGCGCGUUCCUGAAGGGGUCAGUCUGCCUUUAUCAAAAUAUCUAUGCCUUCUUUUAAAUAAACAGAUGCAAAGUGUGGCUAAUUUCUCUGAAAAGAAAUGGUAAAAAGUGUUUAAUACUUACUGCCUUAAUGUACUGACGUCAUUUUGCUUGAAACUAACACUAACUGUUACUUUGUGAGAUUUUGUUGCAAUACGUUUUGUAUUUCUAUAAAUUUUGACCUGUUCUGCAGUAAGUGCUGUCAACUGCUGUUGAUGAAAGCCUGAUGAGGGGGGGGGAAAGGUCUUGCUCUGGUUUGAGGCACUGAAUAAGGCGAAAACUUCCUUUUAAAACAGAGAUUCGGUCACAAUGUAUUUUAUUUCAUGAACUUCAACUUCAACUUAUGUGAUGGUUGCUCAGUGUCUUCCCAAAAGGUACAGUUGCAUUUCUGACCGCCCUAUUAUAACUCACCAACCCAUGUAGUACUACAUUUCGAUAUUGGUUGUAAAAUGUGCAGAGGCUUAAGGGAUGUAACACUUCUAAUUCCAAACUGGUUUAACAGGCACUUCAGAAUUGGGCAUAAAUAAUGACUUAUUAUAGGCCUGAGUGAAUCAGAGGAUAUUAUUCCCUUUUUGAUGUCCAUGCUGCAAUGUAUCUUUUGUUAUAUUUUUAAUCUUUGACCAAUAAAAUGAAUUUUCUUUCUCUUAA